CUUUUUGUGAUGAACCGAGUCAUUCUACAGCCGCGCGCAACCAUAGCCUGCCACUCCGAAUCAUGUCACGGCGUUGACUUGACAUGACGUCGCAGGCAGAAGCGGCUGCUGGCUCCAUCCGCCGCUCUCUGGAUCGCCUCUGCUCAGCCGCCGCCUCCAACAACAACCACCGCCACCAAUUCGACAAUUACAGGCGCUUCUCCGACUUCGCCGCCCGCCUCCAGCUCGCCCUCGACCACCUCCUCCGUUCCUCGCCGGCGGAAAACCUUCCUGCCUCCGCACAGACCGCCUUAAGGGGUAUUGCCAGCGAUCUGGAGAAUGCGGUCGAAAUUGCGUCAGCGUAUAGGGAGAGAAGCAAGAUAUUUGUCCUCGCUAACUGCGUCUCCCUCGCCACCGCCCUCCAGGAGCGCACAGGUGCCAUCGGCGGGUGGCUGGCAUUGCUCGACCCGGCCCUGCAGGGCAACCCGGAGAUCCGAAAGAAGGUCGCCGAUCUCUCGAGAGACAUGAAGCAGUCCCACUUCACUGUGACAGAGAACGAGAAGAGAGUGCAUUCCACAUUACAAAAGGAAGGAGAAGGGAGGCAGUUGAGCAAAGCCGUGCAGAGUGCUAUUGUCAUGGACUUAACUAGAGCACUUGGUAUCGAAUCAAAUAAUUACUCAGAACUUUCGGCCCAAAUCAGGCUCUUGAAAGACGAUCUCGACUGCUCUACCUCUUCUCCUUCUGAUAGGCGGAUCCUGGCCUCCCUCGAGGGGAUUUUGAACAACUGGUCAGCCCGAACUGACAUCACAACUGCAGGCUCGAACUUUGCUUUCGAGGACGAGGACCACAUCCCGCCUUUCAAGAACUUCCUCUGUCCCUUGACCAAGGAGUACAUGAAGGACCCUGUGGUCCUUGAAUCUUCUCAGACGUACGAGCGGAGCGCAGUCAAGCACUGGUUUGAUCGAUGCAUAGAGGAUGGGCAGGACCCGACCUGUCCAGUGACUGGACAAGUUCUUCGCUCUUUGGUUCUGAAGCCAAAUAUCGGGCUAGCAGGGGCAAUCGAAGAAUGGGUGAACAGGAACAUUGAUAUUCAGAUUAAAUCUGCACUGGCCGUUCUCACCUAUGAGCCUCUUAGAGUGGAGAACAUCGAGAGAGCACUCGAUGGUAUAUAUCAGGUUUCAGAAGAACAUCCCUCUAGCAGAUACAAAGUGAGAAAUUCUGGGCUAGUCAGUCUCAUCGUUAAGUUACUGAGGGACUCAUCCAAGAGUAUAGGAACACAUUUAAGAAGCAAAGCUCUCUUGACUUUGCUUAGCAUGACAAAGGAUGAAGAGAGCAAGAAAAUGAUGCUUGAUGAGGGCAUGCUUAAAUUGACAAUUCACAGUCUUACUGGAAGAUCGGAAAAAGAAAGAGAACAUGCCAUUAAAUUAUUGCUUGAAUUCUCCUAUGACGAGGCUUGCUGCACGAAAAUCGCGCUUGAGAAGGGGGCAUUAGUUCUUCUCACGAGCAUUGCAGGAAAUCUUGAGCACCCUGCUGCAUCCAAUUUGGCAGAGGUUGUCUUAAUUCAAAUCGAGAAAACUGAAGGUAAUAUUGAACACUUAGCUGCAGCAGGGAGAUUCGAGCCAUUGCUUUCUCGGCUUCGUGAAGGUCCCAUUGAUGUUAAGAUACAGAUGGCUUCCAUAAUGGGGAGGAUGAUGAUGACGAGUGGUAGUAAGGAGCAAAUUGCGAGACAAAGUGCAACAACGCUCGUGGAAUUAUUGUCUAAACAAGAAGGGAAGGAACUGAGCUUGCAGGCAUUGCAUAACCUCUCAGCCUUGGAUGACAAUGCGAGAGUCCUUGUAGAUGCUUCUGUUCUCCCAUCUCUCACACAUAUUCUAUUUUCAGAUGAGGAUGCUUCAGAAGAGUUGAAGGAACUUGCAGCCUCAACAGUUGCCAACAUAGUGUCUAAUCCAGGUCACUGGGAAUUGGCAUCUUCAAACAGUGAAUUUCCUUCAAUGCAGUCAAAGGAAAUGGUUUCAAAGCUUUUUGGACUGCUGUCUGCUGCAUGCUCUUCCAAUUGCCAUGCUUCCAUUCUUCGAGUCUUAUGUGGGAUUGCAUCUUCUCCUCAAGCAUCGGAAUUGGUAGCUUCUCACAUAAGGGACAGCCGGGGCUUAGAGAUCAUCGUAGAGUUUCUUGAUCACCCUGGAGUCGAUCAUAGAGUUCUUGCUCACAGACUUGUCCGAUUACUUUCAGGAAUAUAUCCUCAGGAGGUACAUGAGCAGUUAAAACAUUCAAACAAGCUCUCUCUGCUGAAAGACAAGCUACUAGACAGCACCAAAUCUACAGAAACUGAAAGAUCUGAUGCAGCAUGCACACUUGCAAACCUCCCCCUCACGGACGUUGAAGUAAAGGCCCACCUUGAAGGCACCUUUGUGAGGUGGGCAGUGACGGCCUUAAUGAACUACAGCCACGGGCCGAACAGGAGAUUCUCUCAGCCCGCAUUUAACAUGGUGGAAGGCAUCCUGGGCCUUCUUCUCCACCUUACAAGGCAGUCUGAUCAGCAGUGUCUUGCCCUGAUUCGAGAGCAUGGGCUAAUGGUUGCCUUCCGUGAGCAUCUUGGGUUUCCUUCAACGGCAAGAGCGAAGCAACUCGCUUGUUUUGGGCUGAGGAACUUGUCAGAAUUGGGAAGAGAAAUUUGUGCUGCAGAAUUAGAUUCUCCGAGGCCCUUGUGGUUUUGCUCUUCUUUAGCGUUCAUAUGCGGGGACACUUCCAGACGACCUAGUACAUGUCCCAUCCAUGAUACUUCCUGCAACCAAGACAGUCAGCUCUGCCUGCUACAAAGUGAUUGUGUAAAGCCUCUAUGUGAUCUACUCACUGACGAGGACUCAAAUGUUCAAAUGGCUGCUGUGGAGGCACUUUCCACACUUGUUUCGAGCACUGCUACUUCUACUUUGAAGAAAGUGGUCGAGGAGCUUGAUAGACAAGGAGUGAUAGAUUCCAUGAUCGGCUUGUUCGUAGAAACCCGUAGUGGAGAACUCCAGGAGAAGGCGAUUUCGAUGAUUGAAAGGACCCUCAGAGUGGAAAGACACGCCGUAAAGCACUCGCUCAAUCAGUCUCUGGUUAAGGCCUUAGUGGAAGCCCUUAAGCACGGUAACGCGAACACAAGGGGGCAUGCUCAGGAUGCUCUCAUGAAUUUACAGCAGUUAUCGGGGGUGAGCGGGAAUUCCUCGAGUCAGAUUCAGAUGAGACGAUAGCUAGAAAUUUGUUUCUAUGUAUGUUGUAACAGUGCCAUCGUAUUAGUCGGCAAAUAGGCCUUUUCAUUUGCAGAAGCUAUUCAAUUCAAGGCCUAGUUUUUGAGGCCAUAGCGUUUAGGAUCAUCAUUGUAUAUGGGCCAGUGUCGGACCAGUGAUGAUAGUUGCCACGAGAAUAAGAGAGAAAAGUACAAACAAGAUGAGACAGAGAGAA